GAGCGCGUCCCGUCCGGGUCCCGAGGAGCCACCGCCGCCGCCGCCACUGCCGCUCGCCAACAUGGCGGACCUAGAGGCCGUUCUGGCCGAUGUCAGCUACCUGAUGGCGAUGGAGAAGAGCAAGGCGACCCCCGCCGCCCGCGCCAGCAAGAGGAUCGUCCUGCCGGAGCCCAGUAUCCGGAGUGUGAUGCAGAAGUAUCUCGAGGAGAGAAAUGAAAUAACCUUUGACAAGAUUUUCAAUCAGAAAAUUGGUUUCUUGCUAUUUAAAGAUUUUUGUUUGAAUGAAAUUAAUGAAGCUGUACCUCAGGUGAAGUUUUAUGAAGAGAUAAAAGAAUAUGAAAAGAUUGAUAAUGAGGAAGAUCGCAUUCGUAGAAGUCGACAAAUUUAUGAUACCUAUAUCAUGAAAGAGCUGCUAUCUUGUUCACAUCCAUUCUCAAAACAAGCGGUAGAACACGUGCAAAGUCAUGUAUCCAAGAAUCAAGUAACAUCCACUCUUUUUCAGCCAUACAUAGAAGAAAUCUGUGAAAGUCUUCGCGGCGACAUUUUUCAAAAAUUUAUGGAAAGUGACAAGUUCACUAGAUUUUGUCAGUGGAAAAACGUAGAAUUAAAUAUCCAUUUGACCAUGAAUGAUUUCAGCGUCCAUAGGAUCAUUGGACGAGGAGGUUUUGGUGAAGUAUAUGGUUGCAGGAAAGCAGACACUGGAAAAAUGUAUGCAAUGAAAUGCUUAGAUAAGAAGAGGAUCAAGAUGAAACAAGGAGAAACAUUAGCCUUAAAUGAGAGGAUUAUGUUGUCACUUGUGAGCACAGGAGAUUGUCCUUUCAUUGUGUGUAUGACCUAUGCCUUCCAUACUCCAGAUAAACUCUGCUUCAUCUUGGAUCUGAUGAAUGGGGGCGAUUUGCACUAUCACCUUUCACAGCACGGGGUGUUUUCUGAGAAGGAGAUGCGGUUUUAUGCCACCGAAAUCAUCCUGGGGCUGGAACACAUGCACAAUCGGUUUGUCGUGUACAGAGAUUUGAAGCCCGCAAAUAUCCUCUUGGACGAACAUGGACAUGUUAGGAUAUCAGAUCUCGGCCUGGCCUGUGAUUUUUCCAAAAAGAAGCCCCAUGCAAGUGUUGGCACCCACGGGUACAUGGCUCCUGAGGUGCUGCAGAAGGGGACAGCGUAUGACAGCAGUGCCGACUGGUUCUCCCUGGGAUGCAUGCUUUUCAAGCUUUUGAGAGGCCACAGCCCUUUCAGACAACAUAAAACCAAAGAUAAGCAUGAAAUAGACCGGAUGACACUCACCGUGAAUGUGGAACUUCCAGACACCUUCUGCCCAGAACUGAAGUCCCUCCUGGAGGGCUUGCUGCAGCGAGACGUUAGUAAGCGGCUUGGCUGCCACGGAGGCGGUGCACAGGAAGUAAAAGAACACAGCUUUUUCAAAGGCAUUGAUUGGCAACAUGUCUACUUACAAAAGUACACCCCACCCUUGAUUCCACCCCGGGGAGAAGUCAACGCUGCCGACGCCUUUGACAUCGGCUCGUUUGAUGAAGAGGAUACCAAAGGCAUCAAGCUCCUUGAUUGUGACCAAGAACUCUACAAGAACUUCCCUUUGGUUAUCUCUGAACGUUGGCAGCAGGAAGUUGCGGAAACUGUUUAUGAAGCAGUAAACGCAGACACGGAUAAAAUCGAGGCCAGGAAGAGAGCUAAAAAUAAGCAACUUGGCCAUGAAGAAGAUUACGCUCUGGGAAAAGACUGCAUUAUGCACGGAUAUAUGCUGAAGCUGGGGAACCCGUUUCUGACCCAGUGGCAGCGUCGAUAUUUUUACCUCUUUCCAAACAGACUUGAAUGGAGAGGAGAGGGAGACUCACGACAAAAUUUACUGACAAUGGAACAGAUUCUGUCUGUGGAAGAAACUCAGGUUAAAGACAAAAAAUGCAUUUUGUUGAGGAUAAAAGGAGGGAAGCAAUUCGUCUUGCAAUGUGAGAGUGAUCCGGAGUUUGUGCAGUGGAAGAAAGAGUUGACAGAAACGUUUACGGAGGCCCAGCGGUUGUUGCGACGUGCCCCGAAGUUCCUCAACAAGUCUCGAUCAGGCGUUGUUGAGCUCUCAAAGCCACCCCUGUGUCACAGGAAUAGCAAUGGCCUCUGAUCCCAGAGUGGGGAGGGUCCUAGAAAGACAGUGCCUCGAGAAAGCCCACGCCGGGUGCUUUCAGCCCUUGAAAUGGAGCCGUUUGGAGAGCCAUGAGGAUCAGAGGAUGGAGUCACUUACCUCCGGGUUCUUCCACGGCUGUGAAGACCCAGGACACUGAGAUGCCCCUCACAGGCGUCAUGACCAUUCUCAGGCCCGGGGUCAGCCCCGCUUUUCUCCCAAGGGCCCCCCACCGCCAUCCCAUUUGUCCAUGCUCAAAACUACUGAAGAAAAGAAAGUGUUUUUCUUUGCUACACACUCGUUUUGGUAUACAUGAACUUGAGAUGUUUCCGACUUAUCACUUCGAUUUUUAUGUCUGAUAUCAAACAUAUCUUAGACUUGCCAACGUGGAAUUUCACCAUCUGCAGUGUUGGGUACUAGCUCGCCCUCCUGUUGCCAUGUUUUGCCUAUGAACAGCCGCUGCUGACUUGGUAUGUCUUUGCUCCAUACUGACGGGGGUGGGAGACCAACCGUGUGUUUCUCCUGUGCACUUCAGAGCUGACUUCUUGUCUUCCUGGGGUUGGAAGCUGAAGAUAUUUUCUGAGAAGGCUGCACUUGGGCCCUCGUGUUUGCUGCACCCACAGGUACAGAUCCACCUGUGAGCAGGAGCUCUCAUCCGGCUGAGAACAGAGGGAGCGUGCCCUCAGAGGACGUGGGAGUCGCUCAGAACUGAAGGCAUUCCACAGCUCCCUGGAAAGGUUCACAGUGAUUCUGAAGGGAAGGCGGCGGAGUUUUCACUUUCAGGGCAAUAGCGAUUUUCAGAAAUCUUCAAGGAAACAAGCAGCACUUUCAUGUUUUUGGGUACACAUGAACGUUUGGGGGUGAGCCUGUGUUGGGUUUUGACAUUCAACAGUAAGCCAUUGUGUGAUACAGUUAAUUCUGGUUCCUUCUGCCUGACCUCAGAAAACAUAAUCAGUCGUGGACGCAUAAAGAAACUGUUUUACCUUGUAUAAUUUAAAAUGAAUUUUAUUGAAAAAAGAAUACUGAAGAAUGAAUGUGUCCAAAUGGGUUAACUGCAUAUUGACAUUUGUGUUGUCACUUAUUGUCAUGAGUGAAUAAUAUUUUGCACUGGGCGGGUGGUUCUGUGACAGUGACAACAUUACAGCAUAAAGACUAUUUGCCUAAUUCCCAUGGCAUCCUCUCCUCUUGUUUUCUUUUCCCACCUCAAAUAAAUGCUGGCUUAUAAGAACCAGUGUAUUUCCCCGCCAAGUCCUCCAUGUCUUCGGACUAAAAAUAAUAACAAUUUUUAAAGUCCA